AUGACGGACCACCAAGGUCAAAUUCAUCUUCACUGCUAUUGUUACUGCCAGAUUGGGCUUCAGGUGACGACGCCAUUGCCACAGCAGGCGUUUGGCUUUAAUUUUGAGCUGGAAAUUGCGGCAUAUUUAACAAAUUCAAUAAAACAAGGACGUAGAUCUAAGCUCAUACAUUUCACGACAUUGGAGCAGAUUAUGCAGAUGCAGGACGAUAUCCACAAGCUAAAAAAGCUGAUGGACUCAGUGUUUGAGAAGAUGUGCAAUCAAACGUUAUAG